AUGGAAGCAGAGAGUAUCGUUGUAUUGAGCAAGCGUUACAUUGCCACAUUUGUCGAGACGUGCUUGACUCCACUGACCUUUCACUCGCUGGAAGCCUGCGUCCCACCACCACCGACACAGGAUUGCGUCCAUCCGCGCGUCCCCAAGAACAGCCAGGGCAUCGUUACGCUGGAGCACGUGGGAUUUUGCGUUGUAGACAAGAGGCAGGCCAGUAUUGUUGAGGGCUUCGAGGAGGAGAAGACGGUUGGUAAAGGCGGAGAGUAUGAGCGCAGAAAUGCGGAUUGA